AUGCAGUCUCCUGACUCUCCUCCGUUCUCGGUCCGACUUCUGAGGGCCGACGACGACAAGGGCGACGCGUCUCACCCCGGAACUAAGCAGCUCCUGUCAGCGUUCCCCGCGUCUUAUCGCACCGAAGCCGAUCAUCUAGUGUCCCCGAGCAAUGAUGUUAUGGGCUGCAUCGAAAACGAGCUCGAUCUGCAAAGAUUGGACAAGGUGGUUGACUGGCUCUGGCUCGCGGGUCGGCCCAUGCCACCUCGUCCGCUCCACCACCAGCUCCUUCUUGGCCGGGAGAUCUUCAUCACAGAACGAAUGGACAUGCAUCUCGUCUGGACACGGGACCGGAUCUUUCUCAAACCAAUCCCACGCUUCCUGCUUGAGCCACGCUUUUGGACCGACUAUCUUAGUUACAGCAAGGAUUGCGAGUGCUUGCGCAGCAGGGAAUAUACAUAUUCCCCCAGAAGCACCCAGCAGUUCGCGCGUCAGAAGCUGUGGAGAUCUGCGCUCGGCUUUCUCUUCUCAUACGCCGCGCUAAUCACCCACGAGAGUGACUUUUAUAUCGCAAAGGGAAAGCAACUGCUCCCACCCGACGAGGAGCUCUCAUGGCAGGGGUGGAGGACACUCGUUGAACAACUCCGUACAGAGUCCAUCUACCAAAGAAUCAACCCGCGUUUCAUCUACGGAGAGCUGCGUCUGAGCCGUCUCAAUAAGAUGUAUCGUCUCUCCCAACGGCCGUUCCUGCGCGGCUACAUGUCCCACUGGCACCAGUAUGGCACCUUCUUCCAGGAAAACUUCCAAUGGCUGGCGUCGGCGACAGUGUACAUCGCUAUCGUCCUUAGCGCCAUGCAAGUCGGGCUGGCGACAAAGGCUCUUGCUGGCAAUGAUGCAUUCAACUCGGCUUCGUACGGGUUCGCUGUGUUUGCCGUCCUGGGUCCUCUGGCGGCCGCGGCCUUUAUCACCCUUGUGUUUUGCUAUAUGUUUGUCAACAACUUGAUCGUGGCGAUAGCUUACAAGGAGAGAAGGUUCCACGAGGUCCGAGUUGACUCUGGGGGACAUAAGUUCUCUUAA